AAUGUUUGACAUGUACAGCUCCAUUUUGCCACCCGUCAUGUCAAAUUAGUGUUUGAUGAAAAUCAAUCCAUUCAUACUUGGUGGUCGGUGUUCAAAAAUCCGAAUUUUCACUUUGCUCUUCCAUUUAAAACAUGAACCAAGCGCCGGAUGAAGCCGGUUGUCUUAUGUGCAACCGGAAACCGAUAAAUUUUUACCGCAUUACAAUAAAAACAGAAGAUCGAAAGCCGGAGAUUUCUCAAGUCCUUUGCCAGCAUUUUUGGUUCCAGGAAGAUGACCUUCAGCGCGAAAUAAUUUGCAAGAUCUGCUGGGAGAAGGUGAGCGAAUUCCACCAGUUCUACACGGAAGUGGAAAAGCUGCACAAACGGCUAGAUCCGAUGCCCAUUUUUAUAAAAGAGGAAGAAUCUUCCCGGGACGCAGUUGUACAAGAGGAUAAGAAAUCUGCUAUAACUGAACAAGUGAAGGAAGAACCAUCAACAGAAAAGCUUGAAGAGAGUCUCGAUGGCUUCAUCGAUGAGGAGGAAUCCGAUAGAGACGACGAUAACAAUUCCGAGUUUGAUGUGGAAGAAGUUGCACCCGAGCCUGAACCUCGUAAGAAAAGGAAGUACACCCGUCGAGCACCCGGUGAGACGGUGAAAAAAGAGAAAAAGACUCCAUAUCCGUAUACGCCUAAAACGCCGGAGGAACGGGAAGCGGAGGAUGCCUUUAUCAGACAACAUACCCCGUAUAUGUGUGAGGAUUGCAAUAUCGAUUUUGAACAAUUCCACUUAUUUCAACGGCACUGCCUUCAAACACAUAACAAAGAAGGAUUUAUCGUUUGCUGUGGCAUACGGCACCGCAAGCGCACCGUGCUUUAUCAACACGUGCAGCACGUUAUGAAUCCGGAGGCAUUCAAGUGCGAGAUUUGCGGUAAGACCUACAAGAACCGUUUCGGCUACAAUCGCCACAAAAAAGAAAGCCACGCCACAGAGGAAGAGCGAACGUUCAAAUGUCAUCGGUGCCCGAAAAGCUUCAUAAAGGAAGGGCCGCUGAAGCGCCACCUGGCGGAUCACGAGACGCUGGACAAUGGAACGGCUAAGUGUGAAACCUGUGGUAAGUGUUUCAGCAACAUUGGAAUUCUGAAGAAUCACGUCAAGUACCGGCAUGUGAAGCAGAUGGAGUACAUAUGUGAUGUGUGUUCGAAGGGAUUCUACAUGCGGUCAACGUUUUUGACGCAUCGCAAGACUCAUGAGGUUCCCGCGGAGCAGCUUCGGAAGCAGUGCCCGCACUGCUUCAAGUGGUGCAAGAAUCACGACUAUUGGCGGGUACACGUGCGAAGACACAAAAACGAAGGCGAAUUGAGCUGCGAUGUGUGUGGACACGUGUCGCCAAAUUUGAUGGCACUGAAGGGACACAAAGCGCGAAUGCACACCGGUCCGAAAGUGUUCCCGUGUACGUACUGCGGGAAGGAGUACGCUCGGGCGAUUACUCUGAAAGAGCAUGUGGCGGCGGCCCACACAGGCGAUGUCCUGUACCAUUGUCCACACUGCGAGAAAACGUUCAACUCCAGUGCCAAUAUGCACUCGCACCGGAAGAAGAUGCACCCGCAGGAGUGGCUGGAACAACGACUUGCCAAGUACGGUAAUCGGGGCCCUGCGGGCAGUGGAGUGCCGUCUAGUGCGGCAGGAAAUGUGAAUAUAAUUCCGGAAGGGCAUAGUAUUUUUGAAUAGAAAUUGAAUAGCAGCAUUACGCGAGGCAGCUCUCUGGUUUAAGUUUUUAAAUAAAAUCAAUAAAGUGCAUAUUUAUCUUUAGCGAAGUAUAUCUCAU